GUCUGUUGUCAAAUAACAUACUGCCGGGACUGCAUCACCCAAUGGCUAUCAACCCAUGAUAAUUGUCCAGGUCUCUUACACGCGCUCACUAUCAAUCAAUUGGUGACACCGCCGAUGAUUGUCAUCAACCUGUGGAGGAAUAUGCAGAUUAAGUGCCCUUUUUAUGAUGACGGUUGCGGUCAAGUCAUACGAUUAGGCGAUUUCUACGCUCAUUUGGACACUUGUCUGUUGAAUCCGGUGUGCGAUGUCUGUGGCGAUAGGGUAGGCGUCGAUCACAAUUGUACCGAUAAUUUAAGGCACAGGGUACAAUUUCUUGGCCAACGGCUAAUAAACUUGGAAAAUGAGCUCAACCUAAUCAAGCAAAAUACGAUACCAAAGCUAACGAAUACGGAAGGCAUAGUUGCUUUAUCGUAU